UCUGUACUGAGUCUAUCACUCAGCCCAGUAAGACUUGCUACUCUUUAUAAGGUAAGAUGGUAUUGUGUUUAAAUAGAUUUAUAUUUUGAUGUUAAGUGUUUUCUUUGUUUUUCCAGCAUAUUGACAUAUUGUUUAACUUUACAGCGUGUUCCCCAAGUCGGCGCGCGCAUCAGUGGAGACAACCAAGGCACGUGCCUCUUACGUUCACUCAACUGGAGCAAGCAUGACCAAAGAAAGGUCAGUCAUCUCGACCGUCAGUGAACCCGACCAGCACGGCAAAGCGCCAAAAAAUAAUGCGUUUUCACUCACGCCAUGCAGAAGAAAAUCAAUAAAAAGCCAGUUGAAGACAAAGCUCUCCGCUUGUGGAAAUCGUAGGGCGAAAGCGAACGACAGGGAAAGACAUCGUAUGCACAAUCUUAAUUCUGCUCUAGACGCGCUGAGGAGAGUGCUUCCCACGUUCCCCGAUGACGCCAAGCUAACAAAAAUAGAGACCUUAAGAUUUGCGCACAAUUAUAUCUGGGCACUGACGGAAACUCUCAGAAUUACCGAGCACGUGGGACACACACCAGGUCUGGAUAUUAAUGAUGAACAUCCACAUGCAUCCGGUUCACUCACUUUAUACUGCACCUCUGCAAGCAACUCUUUAGCGAGCUGGACCGGAGCGCAAACUUACUACACAGAUCUGCUACUGGAAGAAUUUGACUGCACUUUUAUACAACAUCUGGCAUUUGGAUGCGAUAAAGACGAUGUAUUUAUGAGUAAAGGAUUUGAUCGUUUUUCACACCAGGGCAUUAGUAGCUGCACUUUGUGAUGCUUUCACUGAAUUAACGGGAAUAUCUCGUCUCUUACAUGAACUUUUGCGCUUCACUCCUUCCCAA